AUGGAGUACACUGAGGAACUUCCGGGCACGCGCCGCAUUUUUGACGCUGAAGGAAAGCCCCUCUAUCCUGGCGAUGUUGGGCUGAAGAGACACGGUGACAUUGUUCUCGUUCCUCAGCCGACCGACUCGCCCAAUGACCCUCUUCAUUGGUCCUUGACCCGGAAAAUAUGGCACAGCUUCCUCGUUUGCUUUGUCACAGCUUUGACGGCAGCCACUUCCAACGACGCUGGGGCCGCUCAAUACAAUGAGAAUCUUGAAUUGGGCAUCAGCUAUGGCUCCUUCAAUACCGGCGCCGGUGUUCUGUUCUGCGGAAUCGGCUACUGGACAUUGCUUUCUUCUCCAGCCGUUUACCUCUAUGGUCGCCGCAUCUUGUACUUGAUUGGCAUGACGUUGGGCUUCAUUGGAGGCAUUUGGUUCGCCAGAGGGCAGACGACCAGUGACGCCAUCUGGAAUCAACUUUUUGUCGGCGCAUCCGAGUCCGUGGCCGAAGCGACAGUUCAGCUGUCAUUGAUGGAUCUGUGGUUUCAACAUCAGCGCGGCUCAGUGCUCGGUGUUUAUGUGUUGGCGACCAGUAUUGGUACAUACUUGGGUCCAUUGAUCGCGAGCUACAUCGCAGACAGUAGCCUAGAUUGGAGAUGGAUUGGAUACUUCGGGGCUAUUAUCUCUGGGGGAACCUUUUUCGUGCUUCUCUUCGGCCUGGAGGAGACGUCAUUUCAUCGGGAUCGAUAUUUGGUCAAUGACGGAGACAGAUAUUUGAUCGACGGUGUCAACAGAGCCGGCAGUGAUAAUUCCGCAGGCUUGGAGGCGGAUCGACCGGAUAAGGAAAAGGUUGCUGGUCAACCUGAGCCACAAUCCGUGUCCCCUCGCCGUGCAUCUGUUGCAGAGGAGCGACUUGCCGCCGAAGACCGACCCAAAUCAUAUUGGCGGCGCAUUGCGAUCAUCACUCCCGCGCCAAAUCUGCGCGGGCUUGGCUUCAAGCAGUACUUCCAGCGUCUCUUUCACACACUGCGAAUCUUUACUUUCCCUGCCGUCUUAUACUCCGGGUUGCAGUGGGGGGCUCAAGACGCCUGGCUUACCUUUUAUCUGACAGUCGAGGAGGACAACUGGUAUGGUCCACCUUGGAAUUACAGCGAUGCUGCUGACGGACUGAUGAACGUGCCCUGCCUGAUUGGCGCCGUCAUUGGAGCAACAUAUGGUGGAUGGCUCAGCGAUAAGUUCAUGAUAUGGAUGGCCAAGAGAAACGGGGGCGUGAGCGAAGCCGAACACCGACUGUGGCUCAUGUACCCAUGUGCUGCCAUUUUCCCUACUGGUCUGUGGCUGUUUGGAAUUGGGACCAGCUACGGAUGGUCCUGGCCAGCUCCGUAUGUUGGCCUUGGUUUCAUCGGCUUCGGAUGGGGCUGUGCAGGCGACUUGAGCAUGGCGUACCUGAUGGAUGCUUAUCCGGACAUGGUCUUGGAAGGCAUGGUGGGCGUGGCAACGAUCAAUAACUCGAUUGCGCUCGUCUUCACCUUCACAGCUUCCGACUGGAUCGAUGCGAGCGGUGUUCGAAACACAUUUAUUGCCAUCGGGGUCUUGGCGUUUGUUUUCAUCAUGACGACUGUGCCAAUGAUGAUUUGGGGCAAGAAGUCACGUCGCUGGACAAGGAACCGAUACCAGCGGUUCUUGGAGAUUCGCGAUGGUUUCUCGACCUAG